ACCCGGCCUUUAAACGUCUCAGUCGAAUUUUCUCUCUCGCCGGACACCGUGGAAAAAGUGGAUUUUCCAUUCUCUUCCUCGACCCCCUUCGACACGGCAUUGAAUCAGCGAGGCAGUGAAGAUUAGAAUGGUGGAGAUCGUAUGUACAAGUAUAGUAAUGAUAUAAUAGGAAAGGACUAUUGUUGGUUUAGUUUUUUAUUACUUAAUAUAGUUCGGUUUGUUUCUCAUUUAGACUAAUCGGCCGGAUAUGCGCGUUUCUUUCCGUUUGCCCGUUUCACUGAGCGAUUCCGUCGAUUGAACCCGAAACGGUUUCAAGAAUCAAACGAAGAUCGAAAUCAAUUUAAACAAAAAAAGAAAACCUUUUUCCCGUUUUGAUAUCUUAGACAUCGUUUUACCUUUUCCGGUUUAUUUUCUUUACUGUCGAAACAUUCCAUAUCUCUUCGUUGAUUUUUCCUUUACUCCCCGGUUUUCCUUUUUUUCUUUUGUUUUGUUUGGGUUCUUUUAGACUAGGAAAAACUAGCUGGACCGAAUAGGAUAGCCCGAUUCACCUGGAAACGAUGAUUGACAUAACGAUCAAGACGCUGGAUUCCAUGAAUCACCAGUUUUCUGUACAGGAUGAUUUAACUGUAAAGAAGUUUAAAGAACAAAUUGCAUCCCAAGUGAAUGUUCCCGCUGAAUCACAGAGGUUGAUUUACUGUGGAAGAGUACUUGUUGAUGACAAAAAAUUAGCAGAUUAUGAUGUUCAUGGAAAAGUUAUUCACCUUGUACAAAGGGCACCUCCUUCGACGACCAGCUCAGACAGUGGAAAUGGAGGAGGAGAAAGCAGGUCGACACAGUCAAGAAACGUCGGUUGGAGACCGUUUAACCAGACUGUACGUUUGGACGGAGCAAACGGGAAUGCAAUGUAUCUCGGUGCUAUGGCGUUUCCUGCUGAGCUCAUGGAUGCUCAAGGGAUCACUGUGCCUCAACCAAGGCAAGGACUUUCUCAGAACAGAUUUUCCGUCUGGAGGACCAUGCUUCGCAGAGCAAGGAAUUUGCUACACCAUUUGGAACAUCCGACUCAAGCAGAACCGCCCCCUCCUCAACCAACACAAAAUGUUAACACAACUCAUACUACUAGUAACCUAGAUCACAUUGCUAUCGUGGCCCAAGCAUUAACUGAAGCUGUAACUAGAGCUACUGGAAACAAUUUACCACCCCCAGUUAUUAACAUAGAAUUUGCAGCCAGAAGAAUGGAUUCAAAUGAAUCACCACCUGGUGAACCAGCUGCAGAUACAUCCUCUAGCAACAGCCCAGAUGAGUUAUCAAGCUCCGCAUCGAUAAAUGAUCCAUUGCUCAAUGUUCCGCCAGAGGUAGAGAGGCCUACAAACAGUGAGCAGUCUCCUCCCGCUGAAGGGGAAAGCACUAACACGAACAGCAGAAAUGGAAACAGGUCAAGAAGUUCUAAUUCAAGCUCUACUGCCAACGCAGCCGCUCUUGCUGUUCUUAUUGACCAAUUGAGGGAUAUAAAUCAGAGAAUCACUCCAUUCUUGGACAUGUACUACACUCUAAUGAGGGAUGAUCCCCCAUUAGAAUAUCCUAAUGAUACUCAAAGGGUUUUCAACCAAAUAUCAGAGUUGAUGCACUAUAUGGCGCAUACUUAUCAUGCACUGAGCGAUGUCAUUUGCGAUUUCAGCCAACCUCCUCCUAGAACACUCCGUUGUCGCCCUGUACUUAUACAGCACUCUGCAGUUCUCCAGGCAGGAGUUCCUAUUCAGUUGAACUUGGGUGCGGUAAGCCAUUCAAAUAGCCAAAACCGAGGUACUACAGCCUCCAACACUGAUUCAGAACGUAACACCAAUCAGCCUUCAGCUGGUGCUACACCUUCAGCCCAAGGUGAAGAAAGAACUUCGAACGCAUCUACCUCCGAAGAACCAACCAGAACACCAGAGCCUUCGACACAUUCGACAAACAGAUCUACAAGUCAGAUGAAUUUUGUACCAGCAGGUGAGUUUGAAUUCGUUUUGGAUGUCGCGCAUAGUGCCGAAUUUGUCCCAGAUACUGGUAUUGGUUCUCUUCUUGGAGGACGAGGCGAAAACGGGGAUGGCAGAACUUCUCGAGGUGAAGCCCAAAAUAUAAUCCAGUCCCUUGUUGAUAAUAUCAUGAGCCAGACUGUUUAUGAGAUCAACACCCAAUUGGGGGGUGGAAACGGUUCGUCACAAAUGGGAGAAUCUGGAAGCACAUCUAAUCGAAUCCAAGGGAAUUCAACCGCCGUCGCAGCAGACGGGAAUGAAGAGACCAACAGAGAAGAACAGGAGACGAGCCCCAACCGUACAGAAAGUAAUAUCAGAAGUUGUGUAUUCAAUAUUCACUCAAAUGUUACAAGGCCCGAAAAUGAAUUUCCAAGCAACUCUUCAGGUACCACUGGACCAUUCUCUUCAAUUCCAAACCAAGUGUGGUCUUCUACUGAGACAUGGCCGACUACAUCAACAAAUACCAGAUCGACUACAAGGCCCCAUGUUCAUGUAUCACCUGGAUUGCAAGCACGCUUAUUUGCAGGAAUUGGAACUGCAAGCAUGCAUGGAUUUUUUGAUCCUUUCCUACCGUGCAACUCGCACCACAUAAGAAGCUCAAGGCGCAGGAAUCAAAACCAGCAAGCAGAACAGCCAUCUGGCCAGUCAGCAUCAAACAACUCGGCAAACGCAGAAAACACAGAGGCUUCGGGACCUUCAACUGGCAGCACUACUGAACGGUCGACCACCGCUUCAGGUGCAGAUGAAAUAAGGGCAAGGAGGCCGAGAGAUGAUUUCUACGGAUUGUUAAACCAACACACAACAACUAAUUUACGUCCGACCGUGCCAAGGAAUUUAAGGAUGAUGAGUGGUGACCGUUUUACAGGAGAAAAUAAUACAAUCGUUUUCCAUAUUCCAAAUCACGUCACUCCUCUUCCUCGGCUUACACCAUACUUAAGGAUUGUUCAAGAUGCCGUGGACCUCAGGGAUCAUCCCAACCUAAUAGCUGAAUUGUUUACGAUAAUUUCCUCAAACAUUAGACUUUUUGACUUCUGGGCGUGUGAUGCGAGACAGAUCUUACUUUCAUUGAGAACUGGGCUUGUUCAGUUUGUCAGAGAGACCCUGUUGAGCGGUCAAGUGAGCCCCGAAGAAGUUAGUGAUGCUGUUGACAGACUAAAUUCAGACCUCCGGCCAGCCUUUCGGUCUUUUCAGGAAUGGCUACAAAGCAUUCAUUCCCGCUACGAUAACAAUAUCAAUGUUGUGGAGUCUCUGAAUCAGCUUCAUCGUUUUUACUUGCCUAAGAUAAUCUUUGAUAUUUUGCAAGAAGAUGAGAAUUUGUAUUUUCAAAACAUUUCUAAGCAUUUGACUGAGUAUGGCCAGCAUUUGACAGGUCUCAUUGAGCAUCUGUGCCAGUUUGGUGAUGGACCAAGGGACAUGCUUGAAACAGCUUUUAUUGCUCUAGGGUCAUUGGUCCUUGUUAGCGUGCCAGGAAUGGACACAGCGACACGUCAUCACUUAGCCCGCGAACUGCGAUUAUUCGCUUUUUCAAUGAUUCCUUCGAAUGUCUCUAUUCAGAGGUUCCUUGUCAGGACAACAACUCCUCCAGGUGCUCCUAGCUCAACACCAACACCAGCAGGAUUGACGACUAAUGGCAACGUGCCAUUGAUUGAGAUACUGAUACCUAGUUCAAGCAGGCAAGCUCCAGCACCUGUACCCCCACCGCAACAGGCCACUCCAGCUCCACCGGCACCUAUUCCUCCCGUUGCCACUCCGCAGCAACCACCCCCGCCUGUUCAGCCUAUGGAAGUGGAAGAUCCGUUUGUAGAGACUGAAGGAGUACCUACUGCCGAACAGAUAGCAGAGCCGCUGCCAGAUGUAAUCAUUGGCGCAGAACAGUGGCACAACCAUGUGCCUCCAGAUUGGGUGCCAAUCAUAACAAGAGACAGGGAGAGGCAGAGAAGGCAAACUGCCCAAGGUGCUCUCAGCGAAGCGUAUUUGUCAGGGAUGCCAAGCAAAAGACGCAAAGUGGUGACUUCUACAAAACCACACAGCAAUCUUGCACGAGUUAUUUCUGAGAGCAUGACUACAGCAAUGGGAGCUGCUGGUGUUUCACCUGUAGAGAGUGUAGCAGAGAACGCCGGGACGGACAUGAGCAUCAGGGCCGCUUACAAGGAACAAGUGAGGACCACCGUUGAGGCCAAGCUACGGACAAACCCCGACUACAAACCAGAAAAGUACCCAAAUGCGGCCAAGCUCUUUGGCCCCAAGUAGUGUACAACUAACAAAAACAAAUCUUCAGAGUUUUAAUAUUUUUAAUAGUACAUACAAUUAUUAUAAAAAUAAAAUAACACAUUGAAAAUUUGUUUAUUUAUAAUUCUCGUAAUCGAAAAUAAUCUAAUACAGUUUUUAAAGAAAUAGCUUAUUCCUUUUUCUAGUCUUUUUUUUAUUUCAUUAUUUCUUCCUUGGACCGAUUGAGAUGGCAAUCUGUAAGAAAUGUUUAUCUUAUUCCAGGAAAAAAUAUAUAUUAUAUUUAAUAUAUAUAUAAACGUUAGGGAGUAGAUAAUUUC